AAGACGUCAGAACUAGUGUGUAAAGCUAGAUUGAGAAAAGGAGGUUUGGAAAUAAAAACUCAGCUUUUGUCCUGGUUUUUGUUUUUCUUUGAUCAUGGUCAGGAUUGACUCAAACCUUGAUUGACAAACUGAAGACACUUCAAGAGGUGCCUAUUGAAAAACUUUAGAUUGAAGGGUUUUUUACCAUUCAUUUCAUUUUAUGAAAUUGCUCAGUAUCAAAGCUUAAAUUUUAAGUGGCUUUUUGAAAGUGUAAGGCACUCUUUCACCAUGAGGCAUGCAUAUCUACUGAUUCUGGUUAUUGUAUUUGCUCUGAUGGAAAAAGCAUUGAUGGAAGAUAAAUGCACCAAUGGAUUUGCAUACAAAGGCAAAACCAAAGUGUGUGAAGAUGAGAAUGAGUGUGAAUAUGAUGAUCCAAUUUGUGGAGAAAAUGCAAAUUGCACAAACACGAUUGGUAGCUACUACUGUCUAUGUGAAAAGGGGUUCCAGCCAGCUGUCAGUUUCACACAAGACACUGGGAUUGAAUGCAAAGACAUCAAUGAAUGUAUGGAAAACAGAACUGACUGUGGUCUUAAUGCAAACUGUGAAAAUUUUGAAGGAGGUUAUGCAUGCAUAUGUGCGGAUGGCUACACUUCCAACAAUGGCAAAGAGACAUUUAUUGUAGAACAAGAAGUUCAAUGUAUUGACAGGAAUGAAUGUGAAGAUUCUAGUUUAUGUGGAGAAAAUGCAUCAUGUCAAAAUACCCCUGGUGGUUUCAAAUGCACAUGCGCUGCAGGCUUCAGACUGAACUCAGGACAAACUCACUUCACUGAACAUGAACAAGACGAGAAAUGUCAAAGUGUAUGCAUCCUUGACAAGUCAAUUUGUGGAGGAGGACUCUGCCAGAUUGGUAAAGAUGGCCAUGAAUGCAUGUGCAACUCUGGAUUCACCAACUAUGGUGAUAAGAAAAUGAAAUGCACAGAGCUUAAGUGCGACACCUUUAUGAGUAUGAGUGAAACAUCCCAGACAUUUCCAGAGCUCUCAGAAAUUGUCUCUUUGAUGAGCAACAGCUGUUUGGUACAAACAAGUGCAAAUAAGUCUCACAGGAAGGAACCCUUCAGUCAACUAGAUGGAGAAAGACUUUUAGAGAAAUUUCUGGAUGCCCUGGAUGACCUGCUUCAUGAUGGGUUCCAACCUAAUAACUAUAUGGUUUCAAAGAUUUUUGAAAUUGAGGAAAUUGCACUAAAACUGAUCGCACCUUUUCUAAAAAACAGCCAGACCCAGAGGUCAAGAAAAAAAACUGAGGUGGAGCUGUUGGUAAAGAGGGGAACUUCUCCACCUCAGGGUCCUUUAAUGAUAUCCACCAACACCACACAAUUUAAAUCCCACUGGGACACAGCAACAGGCAUCACUUAUCUUGGCUUUACAACCGCAACUCUUCUCAGCCACAAAAGUCUGGAAAAAUCACUUGACAGAUUUUAUGACCAUUUAAAGGGAUCAGAAAACAAACAUUUCAAGAUUAAUUCCAAAGUAGUAACUGCCGUUGUUAGCAACAAUGAGACAGGCCAUCUGGAGAAGCCAGUAAUUCUCACAUUCUCUCACUUGAAGCCCACUCGUGAGGACCACAUCUGUGUGUUUUGGGACCCUCUUCUGAAAGGUGGUGCGUGGUCCACACGUGGCUGCACUACCAUGAACAUUAGUAAUGUUCAGACUGUCUGUUCCUGUAAUCACCUCAGCAGCUUUGCUGUACUGAUGGCACUCUAUGACAUAGGGGAUGUUUAUGAGCUGCAUCUGAUCACAUGGGUGGGAUUGUCGCUGUCUCUGGUCUGCCUUCUCAUAUGCAUCGCCACAUUUUACUUUGUGCGCUCUAUCCAGAGCACACGCAACACCAUCCACCUGCACCUUUGUAUCAGUCUCUUCAUCGCUUGCUUUGUCUUCCUUGUGGGUAUCACCCACACAGACAAUGAGGUGGGCUGCUCAAUCGUUGCAGGCAUGCUGCACUACUUCUUUCUGUCGGCGUUCUGCUGGAUGUGUCUGGAGGGAGUGCAGCUCUUCCGUAUGGUGGUGCUGGUCUUCAACACAACUCUGAGACCCAUCUAUAUGUUUGCAUCUGGUUAUGGAGUUCCUGCUGUUAUUGUGGCUGUUUCAGCUGCAGUGAAUGCAAAUGGAUAUGGCACGAAGAGAUACUGUUGGCUCAACUUUGAAGAUGGCUUUAUCUGGAGCUUCUAUGGGCCAGUUUGUGUGAUAAUUAUUGUUAAUGUGUUGUUCUUCCUCAUAACUAUUUGGAAGUUGGCAGAGAAAUUUUCCUCCCUCAACCCAGACUUACACAAUCUACAAAAAAUCAAGUCAUUUACAGUCACUGCCAUCGCUCAACUGUGCGUCCUCGGCAUCAUGUGGAUCUUUGGCUGCUUUCAGUUUAAUAAGGACACGCUGGCAAUGUCAUACAUCUUCACUAUACUAAACAGCCUGCAGGGGGCGCUGAUGUUCAUCCUGCAUUGCUUGCUCUCAAAACAAGUAAGAGAGGAGUAUGCCAAAUUCCUGUCAUGCAUCUGUGCACCACAGAAGAGGAAAUACUCAGAGUUCAGCUCGAACCAAACAAGCAAAUCCCAGGUAUCCAAGAGCAUUCAACACGCAGCAGAAUCCAACAUGUAGGAGGCCAUGUCAACAGGCCACUCUCUUUUUUAACAGUUUUUGCAAGAUUGUGUGCAGCAUUUUAUGGAAAUGUUUAUAUAUUGUAUACCAAAUUGGUAACACUUAACAUUAAUAUUCCUUUUAACAGUAAUGUUUCAUUUACAAAUGCAUUCUAAAUCAUUGAUGUGGUUAUAACAACGUGCAUAAAAAGAGUGACUUUCAUGGAAGACCUGCCAAACAGUGAGCCCUUUUAUCCCACAUGCUACAAAUGUGUAAUAACACUUGUUUCACAUUAGUAACAUAUGAAAAUGUACCUUGCUUGCUUGCUUGGUCAUAAUGCUCUAUAAUAUGGGAUUGUACUGUAGGUAAUUUGGACUAGUUAAAACAGUUCUUUUUUUUCUUCUUUUUUUAACGUCUAUGUGUAAAAGUCAGUGACAACACAAGUGAGUCAAUACUUUACAGUAAUUAAUAUAAACACAAAUGGGCAAAAUCAAAAUGACAUAAUCCCUUGUUUAACCUCACACGUCUAUAUAUAUUACAUUGUGACAUCCAUCAUGUUUCAUAGCAUAUAAUUUAUAAUGCUAACUAUUUGGCAAGUAUUGGAAAGUUGCCCUAUUCAUGUUUGUUGCUAUAACUGCAUAUAAAUGAUUUAUAAUGCAUAUGUUAAUGACUUAUUAGUUAUUAACAAACCCCGUUUAUAAAACCUUAACAAAGGGAACAUUCAUGUUUAGUGUUAUCAGUGUAUUUAUAUUUCAUAACAAGAAGUUUGUUAGUUUUGAAAUUUGUUGGUUGUAAUUUUUAUUAUUAUACUGAGAGAAACUUGCAGAUGCCACUUGCUAUUUGUACAUAAUGCAAUGACAUCCAUACAUCUUUUUAUUGAGGCUUAAAUAUCCAAAUACAUUUUUCUCGUCUGCAGCUAUCUGUAAGAUGAUGUUGCAAAACAUGUUUGUUGGCGGACUUUGACUGAAAGGAAAUGAAGCAUUAAUAUAUUGAGGAUGUUACAUGUGUAGAUGAUAUAACAUAGGCAACAAACUGUUUAUUUUGAUUGUUUUUAGAGCAGAUGUAAGGUAAGACAACUUGAGGUUUUAAAAAAUAGUUUAAUAUGAAAACAUGAAACAGUGAUUUUGGAAUAUUUUUUAUUUAUUUACUGUUCAAAAAUAUAUUACCUAAAGCAGUGUUUCUCAACUGGUGGGUCGCAGGUCUAUUCGGACUCUGUCACGAACAGCAGGGAACGAACAAUGACAUGGUUCUCCCAUUGAAGAUAUUUCGGUGGCCGCCCAAGUGAUUUAAUCCUAUUUAAGCAGAUUUAAUGAUAAUUUCGCAAUCAGCUAAAGGCUUCUCAUUUGCACUUUCACACGACUGUAACAGAACCAGCUUGCAAUCAUGAUAUACUCCGCUCUCUGGCGCACGUAUGCAACAACUGGGCUUCCCUCGAUAUUGCGGAGAGCAGACCUCAAAACUGAUGUGACCAAUUUCAAUUCUAGUGAGACUUUUCUAGUUUAAAGCAUUACGGAGGAAGUCAAGUCAAACCUCUCAAACAGUAGACAACACUGAUAUGCCAAACAGCACUGAGGAGGAAAAGAGCAACACUGUGUUAUGCGCUUGAAUUAUGUUUGAAAUUAGGAAACAAAUGGGAUAAUAAUGGGCUCAGAUAAGUAAAUACGCACUUCAGAUUUUAAAAGGGGGGAGAGAAAACUUCCUGUCUUUUUGUUUUUAAAACAAUAACAAAAAAUAAUGUCACUUGAUGCAUGUACUUGAAAACCAUGAACAAAACUAUGCAACAUAAAAAGGAAAUGCGACCCAGGAUACAUUAAAUAUAGUUUAAGUUUUUACUAUGGUGUAAAUUAGUCAAAUCUGUCCUGAAGCAAAACCAGUUGAGAACCACUGAGUUAAAGGGUAGACGCUGGCCACAUAGAAGAACCUUUUUAUUUGGGCCAUGUUUGUGUGUGUUUGUGUGUGUGUGUGUGUGUGUGUGUGUGUGUGUGUGUGUGUGUGUGUGUGUGUGUGUGUGUGUGUGUGUGUGUGAGCAUGUAUUUAUCACUUUGUGGGGACCAAAUGUCCCCAUAAGGAUAGUAAAACCCGAAAUGUUUGACCUUGUGGGGACAUUUUGUCAGUCCCCAUGAGGAAAACAGCUUAUAAAUCAUACUAAAUUAUGUUUUUUGAAAAUGUAAAAAUGCAGAAUGUUUUCUGUGAGGGUUAGGUUUAGGGGUAGGGUUAGGUUUAGGGGAUAGAAUAUAAAGUUUGUACAGUAUAAAAACCAUUAUGUCUAUGGAAAGUCCCCAUAAAACAUGGAAACACAACUUUGUGUGUGUGUGUGUGUGUGUGUGUGUGUGUGUGUGUGUGUGUGUGAAGACUGGGGUGUUGGGCUGCGGUCUGUUAAAAGAGGCAGGCACUGUUCUACUAAUCCCCUGUUUGUGUGUGUGUGUGUGUAAUUGUUGUCCAUGUUUUCUUUGUUUUUAAAGAAUAAUCUUCUAAAACUUUAAAGGAUAGUUCACCCAAAAUUGAAAAUUCUUUUAUAAUUUUUCACUCUCGUGCAUCCCAGAUGUGAAUGUCUUUCUUUCUUCAGCAGAACUCAAAUAAAGAUUUUUAAAAUAAUAUCUCUGCUCUGUAGGUCCAUACAAUGCAAGUGAAUGGGUGCCAAAAUUUUGACGCACUAAAAAGCUCAUAAAAGUAAGCCAAACGACUCAAUUCAUAUGUUCUGAAGCGAUAUGAUGUGGGAGAGAAACAGAUCAAUAUUCAUAUACUUUUUUACUAGAAAUUCUGCUCCCUACUCAGUCAGUCUCCACUUUAACUUUCACAUUCUUCUUCUUGUGUUUUUAGUUAUUCGUAUUCUUCAUGCAUAUCACCCGCUACUGGGCAGGGAGUAGAAUUUCUAGCAUAUAAGAACUUAAAUGUUGAUCUGAUCUCACCCACAAAUAUCAUGGAUAUAAAUACUAUAUAAAAACACGUAUGGAGUCAUAUGGAUUACUUUUAUGCUGCCUUAAUGUGCUUUUUGGUCAAUAUUUUGUCACCAAUUCACUUGCAUUGUUCUGGUCUACAGAGCUGAAAUAUUCUUCUAACAAUCUUCAUUUGUGUUCUUCAGAAGAAAGACACUCAUACACAUCUGGGAUGGCAUGAGUGUAUGUAAAUGAGAGUUUUUUCAUUUUGGGAUGAAAGCUAAGCUUUAAUGCAUUUAGUUCCUGUUGCUCAACGGGUAGAGAAUGGCACCAAGUCACAUACAGUGGUUUGAGUCACAUACACUGUAUACCUGGAAACACAAUGGAACACAUACAAUGUAUGCUGUACAUUGAAUACACUUUUGAGCAAAUCAUCUACCAAGUGAAUAAGUGUAAAGGCAUGUCAAACCAGUUAUUUCAAACCAGUUGUUUUCUAAAUUACUUUGAUAUGCUAAAAUGUUUUUAGCAAAAUUCAAUCCCAUCUUUAACAUUAGUGAGGUGAUGAGUCUCUGAAUCUCUGACCCUGUUAUUUUGCAUGUGAAAUGACCUACCUGCCUUAUCUUCCUGCCACUAUUUAAUGUUAUUUUACUUUUAUUUUAUUUUAUCUUUUGAUGUUGCAGAGUUAUGUUAUUAAAAUGUUUCUUUAG